GUUUGAAUCGUGACACCAUAGUGAUCCGUAAUGCGUUCUAUUUGUUGCGACUCCGCAUCAUGUCUCCUGGAGCUUGCUCACGAAAUACCAUCAUCACAACGUAGACUGUAGACCAUUUGGAGAACUCACAUUCUUGGUCCGCUGCCACAAGUCUAAACACAUCACUUCAACAUGUCGAGCAAAUGGGAGGAACUUGCGGCAGACAAGCGAGACCGUCUCGCGAAGACCAUUCCAGCAGAAUGGAAGCUGCAGAGCCUACCCGAUACAAGCUCAGCAUUUGACUAUCUCAAAACCUCCGGGGUGCUCUCCUCGCAAGAGCUCGAAAUCACCGAGUCGUCGGCAACAGAUCUUGUCGCCGACCUAGCCACAGGAAAGCGUAAGUCGGUAGACGUAACGGUAGCCUUUUGCAAAAGGGCUGCUUAUGCACAACAACUGACGAAUUGCAUGCUGGAGUUCUUCCCCGAGGGGGCCAUUGCACAAGCGAAGGAGCUUGAUGCAUACUAUGAAGAAAAUAAAAAGCCCGUAGGGCCGUUGCACGGCCUUCCAAUCUCACUCAAAGAUCAACUACGAGUCAAGGGCUACGAGACAUCCAUGGGGUAUAUCUCUUGGUUAGGCAAAUACGACAAAGAAGAUUCCGUCCUCACUCUCUUACUCCGCAAAGCUGGCGCCGUCUUCUACACGAAAACCAGUGUGCCCCAGACGUUAAUGGUUUGUGAGACUGUCAACAAUAUUGUCGGUCGAACCGUCAAUCCCCGCAACAAAGCCUGGUCCUGUGGUGGUAGCUCUGGCGGAGAAGGCGCCAUGAUUGGCGCACGUGGUGGAAUCAUCGGCGUAGGAACGGAUAUUGGUGGCUCGAUCAGAAUUCCCUCAGCCUUUAACUUCCUCUACGGUAUUCGGCCUAGCCAUGGGCGCAUGCCUUACGCAAAGAUGGCAAACAGCAUGGAGGGCCAAGAAACUGUUCAUAGCGUCGUGGGCCCAAUCGCUCACUCGGCUGCAGAUAUUCGGCUUUUUCUCAAGGCGGUUCUUACAGAAGAGCCGUGGAAAUACGACUCGAAAGUAGUGCCAAUGCCCUGGAGACAGGACGCAGAGGAUGCCGCGAAAGCUAAAAUCGAAGGCAAGAAAUUGACGGUUGGAGUGUACAAUUGGGAUCGCAAUGUCCUUCCGCAUCCUCCCAUACUCCGCGGAGUUGAAAUGGUCACCGAGGCUGUCAAAAAGGAUGGCCACAAGGUGAUCCCAUGGGAGCCGUACAAACACGCGUAUGGUGUCGACCUCAUCAAUGGAAUAUACGCGGGAGAUGGCUGUACGGACGUCUAUCGAGACAUCAAUGCCUCCGGCGAACCACCAAUUCCUAACAUCAAGGAUUUACUCAACCCCAACAUCAAGGCGGUAGAUAUGAACAAGUUGUGGGAUAUACACUUGGAGAAAUGGAACUAUCAAAUGGAGUAUUUGGAAAAGUGGCGCGAGGCUGAGCAACAGCUGGGCACAGACCUCGAUGUCAUUAUUGGUCCAAUCAGUCCAACCGCCGCCAUUCGCCACGACCAAUUCAAAUAUUAUGGCUAUGCGUCGUGCAUCAAUUUACUCGACUUCACCAGCGUCGUGGUUCCCGUCACGUUUGCCGACAAGGAUAAGGACGUCAAGAACGAGAAGCACCAGCCGGUAAAUGACCUCGACAAAGAAGUGCAGGCCGAAUAUGAUCCUGAAGCAUAUCACGGCGCUCCAGUUGCAGUGCAGGUAAUUGGAAGGAAGUUGAGUGAGGAGAAGACACUGGCCAUCGCGGAGGAAAUAGGGAAGCUACUUGGGAAUUCUGUGACGCCUUGAAAAUCAUUGGAGCUGGGGCAAGAGACGGAUGGUAUAAGCCUACAGUCUCAUGAUACUGGCUGAAUUGCCAUUUCAAAAUUCAGAACAUACCAACUUGAUUGUGACAGCGAGUGUGAUCCCCACAUGGCGUGAAUGCUAAGUAAACCUGCAUCCAUACUCCCCUUCCUCCAAAUGAACGAUUU